GCUGCCACUAACAUGGAGACUUUGUACCGUGUCCCAUUCUUAGUGCUCGAAUGUCCCAACCUGAAGCUGAAGAAGCCGCCCUGGCUGCACGUGCUGUCGGCCAUGAUUGUGUAUGCUCUGAUGGUGGUGUCUUACUUCCUCGUCACUGGAGGAAUAAUUUAUGAUGUUAUUGUUGAACCUCCAAGCGUUGGCUCUAUGACUGAUGAACACGGGCAUCAGAGGCCAGUAGCUUUCUUGGCCUACAGAGUAAAUGAACAAUGUAUUAUGGAAGGACUUGCAUCCAGCUUCCUGUUUACAAUAGGAGGUUUUGGUUUCAUAUUCCUGGACCGAUGGAAUGCACCAAAUAUCCCAAAACUCAAUAGAUUUCUUCUUCUAUUCAUUGGAUUCGUUUGUGUCCUCUUGAGCUUUUUCAUGGCUAGAGUAUUCAUGAGAAUGAAACUGCCGGGCUAUCUGAUGGGUUAGAGUGCCUUUG